AUGCAGGACAGCCAGGCCUCCCGCAAGGCCAACGGUGUUCUGCCCAUGCCUGCAAACUCGUCUGCCACCGACGCGCCGAGCGCAUCACGAUCCAACAAGAGCAAGACGCCCGUCGAAGGCGACAAGGUCAUCAUCAGGAGGCUGCCCCCAGGCAUGACGGAGGAGGAAGUCUGGACCAUUUUGGGCGACAAGUGGAAGGCCGGCAAUGGCCUGGUCGACUGGUGUGACUUCGCCCGGGGCAAGGUGUCGCAAGACCCGGCCAAGUCGUCAAGGCCCGGUCGUCUAUACCUGCACGUCAAGAAGCGCGAAAGCCUGGCGGAGCUCGAUGAGAUUGUCCAGACGAGGACCUGGGAGGACGCCAAGGUCACCCACAACAACCCAUGCCUCGUUGGGCCGCCAUCCCUAGAAUACUGCAUCUACAAGAAGAUCCCCGGCGCCAGGAAACGAUCCGACGCCAGACAGGGGACGAUCGACCAAGAUCCAGAGUUUAUGAGUUACCUCCUGUCUCUGACCAACCCGGAGACGGAGAAGGAAGGCGAGACAGGCGAAGAUCCGUCAGCAGGAGAGAGCAAGCCGGACACCAAGGUCACGACUACGCCUCUCAUCGAGUACAUCAAGGAGAAGAAGGCGAACAGGGCGAAGGAGGCCGCUGCAGCAAAGAGUGCUAAGCAUGCUCGCCAGGAAUCCCAGAGCACCAAGAACAGCAAGGCCAACGCUGACGACGGCAAAAAGUCCAAGAGAGACAGGGACGGCAAAUCCAACAAGUCGCCCGAAAAGCCCAAAGAGACGGUGCGCAUCCUGACGAAAAAGGCGACGGCUGAGGCGGCCAAGGCUGCGGAGAGUGCGGCGAGCCAAAUCAACGAGGCCACAGCGGCGGCAGCUUCCUCUUCUGAGGCCCCGAAGAGCCGACGGGCUAACAUUGCGGCCGCCGCACGUCUUCUUCAGAGGGAUCUUGGCCUGAGUCCGGGAAGCGCUCAUAGGAGGGCGCGACUCAACGCAGCCAAGACAGAGGCCGAAUCCAAGACAUCGUCUACCAAGGAAGCCAGCACGGCAGCGGGUGAAGCGACGCCGGCAGCCAGCUCAUCCACGCCCAGCCCAGCCACGGCUGCCCAGUCGGCCGAGAAGCCAGCUGCCCCGACUGCCCCCAAGUCAGGCCGCUCGCGCCGGGGCGGCGGCGGUGGGAAGACUUCGGCUGAAGCAAAGAACAAGGGGGCGGAAAAUACCACCGCACCGGCCGCCUCCACACCAGCAAAGACGCCAGUUGUCCUCCUGCGGAAGAAGGAAUCUGCUCCGGCACCGCCAGCAGCCGCCGCCACCACCGCAGCAACAACGACAAGCGAGACAGCGACACCUGCAGCAGCCGCCGCGGGCCCCAAAUCGGCCUCGACACCCACAGGUCCCAAGGGCUCAGGCAAGGGAUCCGGGUCUAAAAAGUCAGGCGCAGGCGUGACGGCCGGCGCGACCCGCGGCUUCGUCAAGCACGCCAACCCCUCGCAGGGCGUGACCGAGGCCCUGCUCAAGGCGACCCUCGAGACGUUUGGCGUUGUCACCUUUGUCGAGAUCGACCGCCGCAAGGGCUUCGCGUACGUCGACUUUGCCGACCACGCGUCGCUCGUCAGGGCCAUCACCGGCAGUCCCGUCACCGUGGCCCAGGGCACUGUGCAGGUGCUCGAGCGAAAGGAGAAGAAGCCGGCUGGUGGAGGUGGCGGUGGCGGUGGCACAGCAGCGGCAGCGGCAGCAUCGUCUUCAGCAGCCGCAUCAGGAACAGGAACGGCAGCGCCAGCCGCGUCGACGACGACUGCCACCCCCGCGGCUUCAUCAUCGUCGGGCCCUGCAGAAAAGACGGAGCACACGGGGUCUGGAGGUAGGAGGAACAGACGCGGUCGCGGCGGCGGCGGCGGCGGCGGCGGGAACAAAGCAGCUGCAACAGGAGAAAGCGGUGGCGGACAGCGAGGAGGCGGCGGAGGCGGCGGUUCCAAGGGUGCGGCUGCGGGAGCCAGUUGA